AUGGCUGAGAUCCGCCGUAAGCUUGUCAUUGUUGGGGAUGGUGCAUGUGGGAAGACUUGUCUUUUGAUUGUUUUCUCCAAGGGAACCUUCCCUGAGGUCUAUGUCCCAACUGUUUUUGAGAACUAUGUGGCCGAUGUUGAGGUCGAUGGAAAGCAUGUCGAACUGGCACUUUGGGAUACGGCUGGCCAGGAAGAUUACGACCGUCUCAGACCCCUCUCGUACCCUGAUUCACAUGUUAUUCUGAUCUGCUUCGCUAUUGAUUCCCCUGAUUCGCUCGACAACGUUCAAGAAAAGUGGAUUUCUGAGGUUCUACACUUCUGCCAAGGCCACCCAAUUAUCCUCGUUGGCUGCAAGAAGGAUCUUCGUCACGACCCCAGAACCAUUGCGGAGUUGACUAAGACCUCCCAGAAGCCCGUCACCCCAGAACAGGGUGAGGAGGUCCGCAAGAAGAUUGGCGCCUACAAGUACCUGGAAUGCUCAGCCCGGACAAAUGAUGGAGUUCGUGAGGUGUUCGAGUCCGCUACUCGGGCAGCACUUUUGGCAAAGAAGGAUAAGAAAUCGAAAUGCAGGAUCUUGUAAAUUUCUUUCUUGUGUUUGCAGCCCGGCAAUAUCGAUCGGGGGUCCCAACAGCUAAGCCUCAGUAACUGGGACAACGAUAUCUGGACACUCUUUCCGUGGCUCGCGGUGUCCAUCGUUGCGUUGAGAUGGGUGUGGAUUGUCUGAAUCACGUGCAUGGGUUCUCUUUAAAUUGGAUCAUCUGGCAGUGCAAUUGGUCGACUUGAUAUUUCAUUUCCGGAGUCUAUCUAGGGGGCUUUUUUUUAAUGGUCUCAAAGGUUGAUCCCAACUCGAAUUUGACCAAUCGAUGCACAUAUCGCUUGUUCACCUUAUUCCUGUGAGAUUUUUGAGCAACGUCCCAUCAGAAGCUAAAUCCGAGUGAGGUCGACAACAAUAAACAAAAAAAAAAAAGACAAAGAUUCCCUCAAAUCUUUUUCCAGUUGCCCCGGCUGUCCCAUUCUGUGUUAGAUGGAUCAAAGUCAACCAAGAGGAAUGAGCCACUGGGGAACUCAAUAUCCAGUGAACCGGAUCAUUCUCCCCUGCAUGCUGCGGGCUUUGUCUUAUUUUCGCUUGCACUUUUUUAAACUUCUCUUUUAAAUUUUUCUCUUUAAGAUCUUAUUUUACUCUACUGGCUUUUCUGCUAUUUUACAUUUCUGUUGUCCCACAUCAAAAUAAGAGCGUUGUGACCGUUACCAAUUAUACUGGGCAUCUUGUGUUCCUCUCUUUCGGCCAAAUAUGCACACGAAUUUUCUGUAUCGUCCAAGUGCUAACGUCCUCUCUAUGCCGCCCAUUUGCAAUCUUUCAUUUAAUGAGGAAACACCAGCUGCUCCAAGUCCCAUUGCUCCCACUGGACGACCACAACAUUUCAUAUACCUUGUUCUCCCCCUGCCUCCCUUUUUUACCCCCCUUAAAUUUAUGGUUAUUGCGUCCUUAUCUAAACCCCCGAUUUUGUGCUGCCCUUUAUUUCAUAUUAUUGCUUUACUCCCCCUUUAUUAUUGAUUUCUUAAACUCCGCUUGGUGCCUUGUUUUCCCUUGCUGUUUUCAUCUUUACCCUGUCUCCCCUCACAUUGGUUUUGUUUGAUCUGUUGUCUACUUCUUUAAAGUGUCCAAUCUCGGGGAGUCUUUAUUCUACCCCAGCUACAAACCCCUUUGCUAUCCCCGCGACUCCCUCGUCUCCAUGUCUAGUUUGGCGGUGUAAUAAUCUCUUGAAAUUCAGGCGUAUACAAGUCAGAAAUUUGUUUUUUUUUCACUU